UGACUCUCCAACAAUCUCAGUCGCCAUGGCUGACAAACGUCCUUUCAGAGUUGUGAUUGUUGGCGCGAGCGUUGCUGGGCUUAGCCUGGCAAACAUGCUCCAGGCCAAUGCCAUCGACUUUCUGGUGCUGGAGGCUUAUCCCACCGUAGCGCCUCAGGUCGGGGCUAGCAUCGGGCUACUGCCUCAUGGAAAUCGUAUCCUAGACCAGCUCGGCUUAUACGAAAAAGUCAUGGAAAUUGCGCCUCCUAUACAGAUUUUCAACUUCCGAGACACCAACGGCCAAAUUCUAGCCCGCCAUCCAGAGAUGGACGAGCGGCUUGUCGAGAGGUCAGACAAGUCAAAAAUCUUGACAAACAAGCGAGUUGUCCGGACUGAGUUGGUCAACGGCGGGGUUCAUGCAGUCACAUCAGACGGAACGAUUAUUGCUGGUGAUAUCCUUGCUGGAGCGGACGGCGUGCACAGUACAGUGCGCUCUGAGAUGUGGAGGCUAGCUGGCAGGCUUUCACCAGGCCUCUUUGACCCAAACGAGCACGAGGAACCUCCCUGUGAAAACAGCUGCAUCUUCGGUAUCUCUAAUUUAUGUCCUGGUAUCAACCCAGGCGAUCUACAUUGCGUAUUCAGGAACAGCUCUUCGUAUCUCGUUACUGGAGGCCCCCAAGGGCGAGUCUACUGGUUUCGAUUCCAAAAGCUCCCGGAAAAGGUUCACGGCUCAGCUAUUCCACGUUAUACCGAGAAGGAUCUCCAAAAGUCGCUGUCCGAAGCUGCUGACGACAACAUAUUGCCUAAUCUGAAGUUUUCAACACUUAUUGAAAACAAAUAUGUCUACAAGCAGUGGCACUUUGACAGAAUCAUCACUCUGGGUGACUCAGCGCACAAGUUUCAUCCUGUGGGCGGCCAAGGGGGCAAUGCUGCCGUUGAGAGCGUGGCCUUACUGACAAACAACCUUGUGAAAGCACUCAAACGGAGCCCUUCAGGACGUCUAACCACCGUCCAAGUCGAGUCCAUGUUUGCAGAUGUCCAGUCUCGCCGAAAACCCAGGUUGGAACUCAACCAUCGUUAUUCUCAUAACCGUGCGAACACAGAAGCACUUGAUACGCCUCUGAAAAAGCUUAUGGCGAUCUACCUGCUUCCGCUGGUAGAUGAGCAAGUCGUAACUCUUGGCUACUGCUCUCAACAUCCCGGUGGAGAAAUGCUGGAUAUGUUACCAGUGGAACACCAUGAGAACUUAAUACCAUACAAACAGGAACUGCUUUGCGAGCCAAUGUCAAGAGGCAGUAUACAAUGGGUAUUGAUGAUGACCUAUAUGAUUUUCGCAGUUGUUGCAGUCUCUGCAGGCAAAUAUGGUACUGCAACCGAUGGAUUUGCCUCGGAUAACUCCUCCCACGAUAUUAUUGGCGACCGAUCAGCUUUGUAUGAAUUUAGUCUCUCUUGGACGGCCAUGGCUUGGAUGUCGUAUCUUAAGCCUCUAAAGCUCUACGCAUUUGGCCAUUUAAUCCAGCCGGUCGGCAUCAUCAUGAUUGAAGGCUAUAGAGGAAGAAACAAACUCACGCCUCUUGGACUGCCUGUCUUAUGGCUCAUGCUGAUUCAAUACGCCGGAAUCGGAGUCGCCAUGCCGUUAUACUACCUCAUCUACACCUUGAUAUCUGAUGUCGAAUCAUAUUGGUGGCCUCUUAGAAGAUUCGUUCCUCUACGACACGCCAGGCAUAUUUUCACCACGUGCGUGAUAGCAGAAGCAAUUCAUACCGGUCCUGUUCUGACAGACACGUGUCUCCCCCAGUGGAUGGAAGCCGCCAAGUCAUUUUGGCCCUUGCUGGUUCCCGUAUUAGUCACAAUAUUCGGAUCAUUUGGCAGCUAUCAAACUGCACUGGGUCCAAACAAAGCACUAAAAGCCGAACUCAAACUGUUGGGCAGUACAUACAUGGCUGCUGGACUUUUCGGCGUUUUGUGGCAUUUUUUUGCCAUCACGCAAGCCGUUCGCAACGUUGACCCCAAUACUUUACUCAACUUCGGUAGACCGGCUAUAUUCGAGGGACCACCCCAUAUACAAGCAACACAACAGACUGGGCUAUUUGUAUACUUCCUAGCCUCAGUCGGCCGAGCCAAGAUACACGUGUUCGCUGCAGCACUCUGGAUCUUGCUGGCGUUUAACAUGGAAGAGCACACGCGUCAGCCCAGUCCUCUGCCGGCACGGCCUGGAUCUCGCAAACGCGUCGCGCCAAUAAUCUCCGUGCUAACCCUAUGCCUCUUUGUCAACCUGUCAAUGAGCCUCUAUCAACUCCCCUCAAAUCGAUUGAUCGAGAGGCGUCUUUGCGUAGACUACUACCUCCAGAAUGAUCCGUCGCAGAUCCAGCCCGGUGGCAGCGUUGACGAGAAGCUAUGCAAGAUUCGCGAGAUAGAAAAAGACCUGGUUGGAUCUUUCGAUACUCUGCUCCCAACCAAGGCUAUCAUGGCCGGCCCGGUGUUGUCAGUCCUUGGUGGAGAUUGCGUCUUCAACUCUCUUACCUACGGCCUUGUCUCGAAUUUAACAGACGACCAUGUUCAACGAGCCAUUUACUUCGGAUACAUGAGCUCAGUGUCUUAUGUCGUGGCCUUACUUGGGCCUGCACUAGCUUCAUCUACCAUGACUCUAUCGCUAUGGCUACCGUUCUGGCUCGGCAUAGCCCUGCUCUCAUUGGCUGUCCCUACCAUACAGAUGCUACCUACGCAGGGAAAUACGGACAAAGGAACCGAUGGUGAUGACGAGAGCCAACAUGAACCUCUCCUCUCAUCCCCUCGUAUUAAAGCUCAAUCCCAUCACGAGCCACUACUUCAGUCUGUGAUUGGCCGGCUCCAGACGAUCAAGACCAUCAUUGUCAGCCAUCCAAAGAAUUUUAGCUUGUUGUUGUUUAGCUUCAUGCUCACAUCCCUCGCGAGCUCAGAUACAAAGCUUCUUGUUCAGUAUAUAUCCGCACGUUACAAGUGGACAUUUGCGUCCACUGGAUAUCUAUUAUCUGGAAAAGCAAUCGUGAACUUCACAUUACUCACCAUCGUUAUUCCCAAGCUUUUGCGAUCUGCACGCCAGGUGCGACAAGAAGACGCAGCUGAGGCAGCGGAUAAGUCAAAUAUCCGGAACGCUAUGUACUGCCUUGUUGCAUCCGUGUUUGGCGCCUUGGGCAUCGCCAUUGCGAGCGAGAUUUGGAUGUUAAUCCCCUCCAUGUUUGUCUACGCUCUUGGUUCUGCCCUUCCUAUCUUCACUCUAUCACUUCUCAAAUCUCCUGUCAUAUCACCGCCUCAUAUUUCCGACUCGUCCGAUCCCGAACCUCACAUCUUCUCUAUUGUCAUGCUGGUAAAGACUGUUGGUUCGCUUUUAGGGGCGCCUUUGAUGGCAGCGCUCUGGGUCCGCGGUCUUGGGAUUGGUGGCAUGGCUCUCGGUAUGCCGUUCUUCAUCAGCCAGGCAUGUUAUGCUGUGGCCAUUUGGGUUUUCGUAAACAUAGAGGUAGACCGUGAUGUGUUGGCUGUUGCCGAGCGGAGGAGACGCAACCGGGACUAGAGCUCAGGGAAUGCCAAAAGUCAAUUCACUGCCAAACCUGGCACGCUUGCGAUCUUCUAGCACUGUCGAAUUGCUUUGACAACUCAACAAGAAUGGCUGGGCAAGGCCGGCAUGGC